UAAUAAUGUAGUGUCGAGUAGAGAUUGUUCUGUAGUAAGUGUUGAGUGUCCGAUGAUUGACAGUGCCAGACUCGUAGUACUUGAAAAAAACCGGGAUUUCGGCCGAAACCCUGACUAUACGGUCCUUUCGGAACGUGAUAGUGAAAGGUCCUCCACCCAAAGCCCGCCUUGCCACAAUUGGACGAUGCAAGUGCAAGUAUAUAUAAAUGCGGCCACCACCCGACUGAAUGCAUAGUGCAUCUCGAGAAACCAUCAUGGCUUUCAAAUUCGUCGUUUUCGCUGCCUUCGUAGCUGUCACCCGCGCCGGACUUCUCCCAGCCUACUCAUCACCUCUGGCAUACGCUGCCCCAGCAGUAGCCAAAGUAGCCUACUCUUCGGCCCCAGCAGUGUCCUACUCGAGUGUCUCCAGCCCUCUGAUCGCCAAAGUUGCCGCCCCAGUCGCAUACGCCUCCCCAGCCGUGUCCUAUGCCUCCCCAGCACUGUCCUACGCCUCCCCAGCUCUGUCCUACGCUGCCCCAGCUCUGUCCUACGCCGCCCCAGCGCUCAAAGUGGCUACUCCAGCUGUGUCCUACGCCCCAGCUCUGUCCUACGCUGCCCCAGCGCUGAAAGUGGCUGCACCAGCAUUGUCCUACGCAUCCCCAGCGCUGUCCUACGCUGCCCCAGUAGCGAAGGCCAUCGUCGCUGAACCAUCGGCGCCUGCCCAAUACGAUUUCGGGUACGCUGUCAGUGACCCUCACACCGGAGACAGCAAGAGCCAACAAGAGUCUCGCCGUGGCGAUGCCGUUCAGGGCAGCUACUCCCUCAUCGAAGCUGAUGGUAGUAGACGUACCGUGGAUUACACUGCUGACGCUCACAACGGUUUCAACGCUGUGGUGCGCAGGGAACCGGCAGCUGUUCACGUCAAAGCUGUGGCACCUGUUCACGGUUAUGCUGCCCCAGUUGCCCACGGUUAUGCUGCCCCGCUCGUUCAAGGUUAUGCUGCUCCUGUCAGCCACGGGGUGGUCGGUCCAGCUUACUACCACUAGGAUGUCGCGGAUGGGUUGAUUUGUUUUGCGUGUUUGUUGCUCAUGAAUUAUUUAUUGCCAAAUACAACUUUUAGUAAAA